AUGUCGAAUUCACCCCCGAAACAGCCGCUGCGUCCGCCGAGCCCGGAUACACAUGCUGAAGUAAUCGAGGCCGAUGCCAAUUUUGCCGUUGAGAACGACCGGCUAGAUCUUCAACACCACUCGUGCUUACUCACGCUAAACAAUAAAUUGUACCUUUGCGCAGCUGGGAGGGAUGGCAAGCCGUUCAACCGCGUCCUGGACGCCGGCUGUGGAACAGGAAUCUGGGCAGUGGAUUUCGCGGACGAGCACCCCGAAACGCAGGUUAUUGGCGUUGAUCUGAGCCCAAUUCAACCAUCAUUUGUCCCCCCAAACGUUUCAUUCUUUGUCGAUGACCUCGAAGAACCAUGGGCCUAUAACGAUCCAUUCGACUUUAUCUAUUUUCGUCUAAUGGUCGGGUCUAUCACUGACUGGCCACGGCUUUUGAAGCAGGCGUACCAAAAUGUUCGCCCCGGUGGUUAUGUCGAGCUGAUGGAUGCCACAUACCCGGUCGAUUGCGACGAUGAGACGCUGACUCCAGAAAAUUCUGUUUUUGAAUGGAAUAGGCUGUUGUGUAAGGCAGCAGCAUCCGUCGGAAAGCCCCUGGACGAAGCCUUUAGGUAUAAGAAACAUUUGAUUGAUGCAGGAUUUGUCAACGUCACCGAGACGAGAUACAAAUGGCCGAUGAACUCCUGGCCCAAGGAUCCCAAAUACAAGGAACUAGGAUCAUGGACUCUUGAGAAUAUCAUGGAAGGUCUCCAAGGCAUCAGCCUCGCGUUGUUUACGCGUGUCUUGGGAUGGACUGCGGAAGAGCUGGAAGUUUUCUUGGUCGAUGUGAGGAAGCAAUUCAAAAACAAGAGCGUUCAUGGAUACUGGCACAUUGUUGUCGUCUAUGGUCAAAAACCAGAAUAA